CGGAAUUUAAAUUUACAAUUAUAACGAUCACGUUUGUCAGUUCUUCAACGGCGGUAAAGGAAUAUCAAGCAAAAUGAACCUAAGCGCUGAUACCGGGAAUUUUAAAUAUUCGGCUAACGAUACGUUGAUACCAUGGAUUACAUUUAUUCCUCGCGAAGAUUUGACCGAAUGGCUUACGGUAUCCCUGAUAGUCUGCAUAGCUGGCACAUUCUCGUACAUCUUGCUUUUAUCACCAUCACUUCCCAAAAAGGCCUAAUAAACGGUGCCGGGUUACUGCUGUUCCAUUUGAUCAUCAUGGAAGGUUUGAUAGCCACGGGACAUUUUUAUUUAUUUUUUAUCAACGUGUUCAGCCAAACCGUCCCAAGUGACAGUACAGAAUUUUGCUACUACUCCAUGUUGUGUUAUUGGACAACGGCGUUUGUUGCAAACUGGUUGGCGGUGUUUUUAUCCAUUAACCGUUUGGUCGCUGUGGCCAAGCCACACCUGUACCGGUACUUGACGACGCUGUGUGCACGACGAGCGAUGCUGAUUGGCAGCUGGAUUCUGGGUCUCACGGCAGCCGCACCGACCGUUGGCCAUCAUCUUUACCGGCACAUGGCGACUAUACCGGGCUUAUGUAUUAUACAUUAUGGAUUUGCACCGGGAGACGAACAUUUGUUCGAAGUUGUCGUUACAUUGGGAUGUUAUGUUCCCUUGGCCUUAACUCUGGCCGUGUAUGUUUCUCUCUUCGCGGCCAUGAAGUGUCGCACGAGACACGAAAGCAUUCCGCCGCAUGAGCGGUCACAACGGAAGUAUCAGGGAAGAUCAACCAUUCAGCGACGGAUCUCCAUGGCGCGGAUGCUGUUCAUCUCGUCGGCAUCUUAUUGUCUGUGCUUUUAUCCGAUCCCUGUUAUCAUGGCCUUUUUCCCAUACGUUUUUCAUAGAUAUCCUAUGGCACUACUGUGGUUACGAACGCUGGUGUUUGCCGGCUUUGCUGCAAAACCGGCGUUGUACUGCGCUUUAAGCGUGGAGUAUCAGCAAGCGUUGAAAAGACUUUUUCGUCGAAAGGGAUUGACAACGGCUGGGGAUGCAUCGCAAAGUUCAGUGCAGUUUGAUUCCUGAUCGAAACGUUCGAUGCUCAAACAAGCUUCAACUAUACGCUACCGAAACAACAACAGAUUACUAGCGGUGGUUGUUAACCACGUGAUGGCACGAGCGCGAGCGCCAAUACCACUGGGUAUUUAAUGGUACUGGGUUUGUGGAAUUGGAAAAGUGUAACGUACGCUCU